AUGGGUCAAGGAAAAUUUUGUCUUAACAAUGCACCUAAUCAAACAACACUUUCACAGAUUCUUGCAAAAAAAGAUGAAUAUCUUAAAAUGGAUGAUGAAAAGGAUCUUAAGGCUAGAAAAUCUGAUAUAUAUAAAGUUGACCAACUAAAAGCUAUGCAAUGUUCUUCUACUAUACAUGAAGUCCAUCCAAAUAAUAAAGUUUCUUUAGUUGUUGUAGAUUUAGAAGAAUUACUAAGAUUAUUAUCUUCUCACCAUCUCAUAAGCCUUGCUUAUUUUACAAACCUAUCAGAAGAGAUGGAUAUGGUGCAUCAGAAGUUCACAGAUGCUGACUUGCUAGAAUUAGCAGCCUCAGAAAAUAAAAAUAGUGCUAAUGAACUAAAUGAUCUUGCCACUUCUGUUAUCAUAUUUACAAACUAA